UGCCGCGUCGCUUUUGGGUUUCAGCUCUCCCGUGCUGCCGUCAUGGCGAGUUCUUUUCUCCUUCACAUUCCUCUGGUAUUUUUCCGUUUUAUUCAUGCUGCACAAAACCCAAUUAUCCGACCAAGUUGGGAUAUCAAAUCCAAAAUUUUGUUCAAGCAGAGCUAGAGUUACUCAAGAACUCAUUCGAGUGCAUUGUCUAUAGAGAUUCUCACAAGUGACUGUGUUGUCUUGCUUUUGUGUUUAUGGUGGCCUGAUGGUCUGAUUCAUCAAUGGAGGUAGGGAGAAAUGGGUUAUUGGUUGUUUCUGCACUCUGCAGUUUACAAAGAUGAGACAAAAGUUAAGAACUACCCGUUAGCAAAAUCCCCAUGGUAGUCAGGUUAGGCUUCUUGGUUGCUGCUUCAAUUGCUGCCUAUGCAGUUAAGCAAAUCAACGUUAAAUCCCCAAAGCCGCAAACUGCUUUAGUCAAUGUUCCAGAAAAUGGUGAAGCUAGCUUUGAACAGCAGAAUGAAGAGGAAGAAGCAGAGAAGGAACUGUUCAAAGAUUUUAGUAUUGACAUGCAAAAGGAACAUGGGGAGAAUGAUGAAGAAGAGGAAGAGGUUAAAAGAAUUAGUAGUGUAAUCAGCCCUACCUUGUGUAACGUUCCUGCUCUUGAAGAAGACGAGAUUUUAUCAGAAUUUGAAGAUCUUCUUUCUGGGAAAAUUGAAUUUCCACUACCCGGUGAUAAGUUUCAUGUCAAGAAUGGUUACCAAUCUGAAAAUGACAGAAGGUAUGAAACUGAGACGGUGAACAAUACAAAUGAACUGGAAAGAUUGCAGAACCUGGUAAAGGAAUUGGAAGAGAGGGAAGUAAAACUUGAAGGUGAAUUGGUUGAGUACUAUGGCCUGAAGGAACAGGAGUCAGUUAUUGCUGAGUUACAAAAGCAGCUGAAGAUCAAGACAGUUGAGAUUGACAUGCUGAAUAUAACCAUUAAUUCCUUGCAGGCUGAGAGGAAAAAACUUCAAGAAGAGAUUUUGCAGGGAGUGUCAGCAAGGGAGGAGUUGGAGGUGGCAAGGAACAAGAUCAAGGAAUUGCAGAGACAGAUUGAACUUGAUGCAAACCAGACCAGGGGUCAAUUACUGAUGCUUAAACAGCAGGUUACUACUCUUAAGGGAAAGGAGGAGGAAGCCUUCAAGAAAGAUACAGAGGUUGAGAAGAAGCUGAAAGCUGUGAAGGAAUUAGAGCUGGAAGUUGUGGAGCUUAUGAGAAUGAAUAAAGAACUUCAACAUGAGAAGAGAGAGUUGACUAUUAAACUGGAUGCUGCUGAAGCUAGAAUAACAGUUCUUUCCAAUAUGACAGAGCUUGUCCAUACUGAAGUCCAUUUCAUGUUACGUCAGAGUGAAAUGGUUGCCAAAGCAAGGGAGGAGGUCAGUAGUUUAAGGCAUGCAAAUGAAGACCUACUGAAGCAGGUGGAAGGACUUCAAAUGAAUAGGUUCUGUGAAGUUGAAGAGCUAGUAUACCUACGUUGGGUCAAUGCAUGCUUGAGGUAUGAACUCCGGAAUUACCAGACACCAGCUGGAAAGAUGUCUGCUCAUGAGCUCAGUGAGAGUCUGAGCCCAAGAUCUCGUGAGAAAGCUAAGCAACUGAUGUUAGAGUAUGCCAGAUCAGAACAUGGGCAGGGAGACACUGAUCUGGACAGAAUUUCUUCUCACCCAUCUUCUCCUCGUAGCGAUGACUUUGACAACACUUCUACAGAUAGUUCCACUAGUAGAUAUAGCAGCCUCGGUAAGAAGCCUAGUUUAAUCCAGAAACUGAAGAGGUGGGGAAAAAGAAAGGGUGAUUCAAGUUCUCUUUCAUCAUCUGCCAGGUCUUUGGGGGGAGGCUCACCUAAUGGGAAUGGCAUGGGCCAUAGAUCAUCCAUGUCAAGGGGUCCAUUAGAAACCCUGUUGCUAAGGAAUGCCGGUGACAGUUUGUCCAUAACUACAUUUGGAAAGAAAGAACCGGAUCCUACUGAAUCUCCAGAAACACUGAAUCUUCCUCCCCUUCGAACACAAGUUUCUUCUGCUGAUUCCCUGAACACUGUGGCAUCUUCUUUUCAACUGAUGUCUAAGUCAGUUGAAGGGGUGCUUGAUGACAAAUAUCCUGCAUACAAGGACCGGCACAAGUUGGCCUUAGAAAGGGAGAAGACAAUCAAGGAAAAAGCUGAACAAGCAAGAGCAGAGAGAUUUGGAGAUGGUUUAAGUUUGAAUUCAAGCACAUUGCCACCUAAACUAGCUCAGAUAAAGGAGAAGGUUGUUUUUGCUAAUGAUUCAAGUGAGCAACCUAGUGAUGGUGAAAAAGUUGAUUCCCAAGUGGUGAGCAAGAUAAAACUUGCCCACAUUGAAAAGAGGGCUUCAAGGGUGCCUAGGCCGCCCCCUAAACCUUCAGGUAGUGCUUCUAAUGCUUCUCGUACAAACAUUAAUCUGUCAAAUGGAAUACCAGCCCCACCACCACUAUCUCCUCCUGGUGAACCACCUUGCCCACCUCCUCCACCAGGAAGUCUGCCAGGAGGAUCCAGUACUGGUGAUAAAGUUCACCGGGCUCCUGAGAUAGUUGAGUUCUAUCGGACUUUGAUGAAACGUGAGGCAAAGAAGGAUACCUCUUCUUUGACUUUAUUUACAUCCGAUGCAUCAGAUACUAGGAGCAAUAUGAUUGGGGAGAUUGAAAAUAGAUCAGCAUUUCUUUUAUCUGUGAGAGCUGACGUGGAGACACAAGGUGAUUUUGUCCAGUCCUUGGCCACUGAAGUCCAAGCGGCUUCUUUUACUAAUAUAGAAGAUCUAAUGUUAUUUGUAAACUGGCUUGAUGAGGAGCUCUCUUUCUUGGUUGAUGAGCGUGCAGUUCUCAAGCACUUUAACUGGCCUGAAGGGAAAGCAGAUGCAUUGCGGGAGGCAGCUUUUGAGUAUCAGGACCUAAUGAAGUUGGAGAAGCAAGUUUCCUCUUUUGUUGAUGAUCCCAAGCUCUCCUGUGAAGCUGCACUGAAAAAGAUGUAUUCGUUGCUCGAAAAGAUGGAACAAAGUGUCUAUGCACUCAUACAGACACGGGACAUGGCCAUUUCUCGAUACAAGGAGUUUGGAAUUCCAGUUGAUUGGUUGUUAGAUUCUGGUGCAGUGGGGAAGGUCAAGCUCUCAUCUGUACAGUUAGCGAGGAAAUACAUGAAACGGGUGGCAUCGGAGCUUGAUGCCAUGGAUAGACCUGAGGAGCCAAACAGAGAAUUUUUGCAUCUGCAAGGUGUACGCUUUGCCUUCCGUGUUCAUCAGUUUGCUGGAGGUUUUGACGCAGAGAGCAUGCGAGCUUUUGAAGAACUAAGAAGCCGAGUUCAUACACAAACAGGAGAGGCUGGUAAGCCAGAUAUAUGAGAUUUAUUCUUCCCAAUUUUGUUAUCUUUUUGUUGUAUAUUGAAUUUUGAUCGCCAUUGUAUUGGACGGUGUAAGUUACAGCGUGUAACAACCACCGGUUGGGCAAAAUAGAAGUCGCAUAGAUCUGAUCAGAGUUCCAAUUA